AUCACACGAGCUUAUUGAGAGACAGAAAAGCAACCAGAAAUGUGUUCGGACUCAGCACUUCAUGAAGACUUCAUGGCACACAAAGAAGAGAAAGCUGUUUUGAUAACACCAAUCUGAGUUCUCCCUGCUCGGGCGAUUUAAACUAUCACAAUGGAUAACACAUUUCGUGCGCUUCACAGUUGCAAAACCAGACAUGUGCAAGUUGCUUGAUACUAUUUAAGGUAUUAACAGGAGCCGGGACAUUAAAGUGCUACAGGUCGAAAUGCUAUAAUGCUUUUUCAAGGCCCUCUUCACAUUGCCUGGAUUAAAGAGUGAUGGGCCCAGCUCCAGCACGGCCCACUGAUGCUUCAAUACCAAGGAACCCUGGGACGGGUAGGACUGAAUACAAAUGUAAAUGCAAUUCUUUCCACUUCAUAAAAGCACACACCACUGAAAUCCUCUUAAGCAGAAAACCACCAACAAGAAGUGACAGGGAGGAAGGAUGGACUCCAUCUCAAUGAUGGGCGGCAGAAGGAGCCCUGUGUUCUUCACAGCCCCGUCCUCCCACCACCUCCGACACACGCAGGCCUGUUUCCUGCCCAACGGCACAAAGAGCGGAGUUGGAGACGCAGACUCUUUCCGGCCCACAGUGGCCAUCCUGGGCUCAGGGGACUUCUCCAAGUGCCUGACCAUCCGCCUGCUGCGCUAUGGCUUCCAUGUGGUGGUGGGCAGCCGGAAUCCCAAAGUGGCAGCGCAGUCGUUUCCUCAUGUGGUGGAUGUGACGCACCAUGAAGAUGCUGUGGGGAAGGCGAGCGUCGUGGUCCUGGCAAUCCGCCGUGAGCACUACUCUGUCCUGUGGGACCUCAAGCAUCUACUGGAAGGGAAGAUCCUGGUGGACGUGAGUAACAACAGGAGGGUGAACCAGUACCCAGAGUCUAACGCUGAGUAUCUGGCUUCCCUGCUGCCAGACUCCAUCACCGUCAAAGGCUUCAACGUCAUCUCAGCCUGGGCCAUGCAGCAGAGCUGCCCCAAAGACGCCAGCACACAGGUGUUCAUCUGCAGUGACUCGGUGGAGGCUCGACAGCAGAUUAUGGAAUUAGCCCGCCAGCUCAACUUCCUGCCGGUGGACAUGGGAACCUUGUCUUCUUCACGGGAUAUAGAGAACAUUCCCAUACAGUUAUUUCCCGGCUGGAAGGGCCCCGUCCUUGCUGCCGUGGCCCUCUCCAUCUUCUUUUUUGCCUACUCUUUUGUACGAGAUGUCAUCCACCCGUAUGUGAAACACAAGCAGAGUGACUUCUACAAGAUCCCCAUAGAGAUAGUGAACCGGACGCUGCCCACUGUGGCCAUCACUCUCUUGGCUCUGGUGUACCUGGCGGGCCAGCUGGCAGCCGCCCACCAGCUCUACUAUGGUACCAAGUACAGGCAUUUCCCACACUGGCUGGAGGGCUGGCUGCAGAGCCGGAAACAGCUCGGCCUCCUCAGCUUCUUCCUGGCUGCUGUGCAUGUUGUCUACAGCCUCUGUCUGCCCAUGAGGAGGUCUGAGAGGUACCUGAUGCUCAACACCGCCUACCAGCAGGUCCAUGCUAAUGUGGAGAAUGGCUGGAAUGAGGAGGAGGUGUGGAGGGUGGAGAUGUACGUGUCCUUUGGGAUCAUGAGUCUUGGGCUGCUGUCGCUGCUGGCCGUCACCUCCAUUCCCUCCGUCCACAGCACGCUCAACUGGAGGGAGUUCAGCUUCAUACAGUCCACUCUGGGCUACAUCGCUCUGCUCAUCGCCACCUUCCACGGCCUGCUGUUCGGCUGGAAGCGAGCCUUCGAGGAGGAAGCCUACCGUUUCUACCUGCCCCCCAGCUUCGUGGUGUCCCUGGCCCUGCCGGUGUGUGUUAUACUGGGGAAGGUGCUCAUGCUGCUCCCCUGUGUGGCCCGCAAGCUCCACCAGAUCCGCCGCGGCGUGGACAGCAGUCACUACCGCUGCCAGCGCCUGGAGCCAGUGGGCUCGGCUGCUCACGUUUCACCUGAGAGAGUCACCAUCAUGUGAUCGUCUGUGUGAACAGGUGUUGCUGUCUGUGACUCGUGUACUGUAGCUGUUACUGUUCAUUAUAACUACUGACCUUGUGUGACUUAUGUUACAGUUUGUCCAUCUGAAAUGGAAGAUCUUGUUAAUAUUUCCCCAACACUUUGUUCCCGUCCUUGUGUUUUGGCAGACUUUAGAUGCAGAGUGUUUGUCAUUAAGGGGAGUAGAGGAGUGUUGGCGUGCAACACGUGUGCAGUAAACUCUCGUCUGCACUUGCUGAAAGGCUCAAUAGCUGGCGCACGAUCAUAGAACACGGCGAUGGUUGGUUUGUUCCUCUGAGGCGUCUGCAGUGAGCCUUCGGUCUGGAUAUAUUUUAUACGAACAAUAAAGAUAUGAGGAACGUGGACCGUGUCUUUAGAUGAAUGUGCAAGGCGCUCGCAGACGUCCAUAGUCCAGGAAAACAACCCUGAUGUCAUAGUGAAGCCAAGCAGGACGGAGACUACCGACAUAAAGCAGAACGCCUCUGUGAAGAUGUGAGUGUUCCCCCGUCGGGGAUAACGCACAGACUGAAUUGCAUUAUUGGAAGUGUAGGAUCCAGGGUUUUGACGUCUGAGCUUCUGCUGGUCAGAUCUUUGAAGAUUCUUCUUCUCUCCCUUGUGAGUCCAUAUUUCAUGGAGUGCAAUACAACAUUUGUGUAGUAGCCCUUUAGUCAUGUCCAGUGUUUCUGCUGAUAGUUUGAUACAUUUCAUGAAACACAAGUGUUUUUAUUCUUACAGCAAAGAGUCGUGUAAAAGCAGAAUCCAUCGUAACAGGAUGGAGCAUCAUGUAAUAGUCACUAGUAUCUCCUGCGGGCCUUGAAGUCGUUCUACUUUUCUGUCACGCUGCAAGAAAUGGCAGGAAAUAUUUGGAGGCAUUUGAUUCUGCAGCAUCACUGUGUUGUCAUGUUUUCUGUGCCAGGUCUGUAUUAAUGUACCACUGAAUAUGGUACACAUUUUUACACAAACUAUCCCAGUUAUGUAUUGUACUGCGGCACGGCACAGCUAGGAGCUGAUGCAGUUAGUGGACUCGUCAUGUCAGAAACUGAAUUAGUGUUAGAUGUUCCCUUUAGCAUUGCACUGUGGGCUUUUCUGUUCAACACGCCGUGCUGUCUCCUUUACAGUAUGUCACAGUUAUCCCACUCUCCUUCCGUGAUCUCACACUUUGGAAUAAACUCAUCCUUUCACUUGCAUUACCAUGCAGCACUAAUGUAACUAACAGGAAAUAAAACUAAAUGUGAAGUUCACUGUGAUGGAUCGUCUAUCUGAAGUGUGUAAAAAGCAACGACCCCGAGGCGACUUACAUCCCGUCUCAAACGUGGAGCCGAGCCACGAGGUCUCAAUAGUCCUAAACUUUGACUGGAGUAAAGAAAAUAUGUCUGAGGAGUUGUGUGUAAGGAGGUUUAAGGUACCUUUGGUUAAAGUCUGAGCUAAUGACAACUAGUCAACUCUGCAGUUAGCAGAGGUGUCAUGUCUGCAUCACAACACAGCUUCAUGCGUCAUUUUUAAUCAGCUUGUGUGGCCGUGCAUAAACAUUCCUAAAUGUUAAGACCAUUUCAUAUUUGAGCUUCAGGUCUCUUUAGUCAGUAAGGAGUGACCAGCAGGUGGCUGUGUUACACACAUGAUGCACACAAAAGCAAUGUUCACAGGUCAGAUGCUUCCUAAUGUUUAACAAAACCACAUCUAUAUCAAUUCUAAAGUCUGUAAAUGUUUGCAUUGUGCAGGCUGUAAAACAAUUAAGCUUCUAAAUACAUAAA